AUGCAAAUAUUUGAUGAUUUGAUUGAGUGUUGGCAAGACUGGCGCAGCGUUGUUAAAUCUAAAGCUGCCAAAAUCCGCCGUGCUCAGCAGCAGACUGGUGGAGGGUCUGGACCUGCACCCUUAUCUGCCAUGGAGGAAUCUCUAAUGGCUUUUAUUGGCCACGAAGCAGCAGAGGGCCUUGCCGUUGCUGAUACCUUAGAGAUUCCUGAAGGUGAUGUAGAAGUAGAAGCUGGUGGUGACGAAGAUGUCCACAAUCCGGUUGUGGAUGAUAGAAAAACAACGAAAAACAAGAUAGAUUUGAAGAGUGUCUAG